UUCUCUUCCUCCUCCUCCGGGACAAGAGCCCGGCUUCAUAAAAGGAGGAGCCAUCCUCGCCUCCUUCCUUCCUUCUCUUUUCCUUUGGCAGAAAAUGAGCCUGAGCUGAAAGCCGCCGUCUUGAGUCUCGCCAUGGAGCCCGCCCUGCCCGUGGUCUUCGUCCGGAAGGAGCCCCUCGGAGGCUACGACAAGACCGCCAAGGCACACCGCGAAGGAAAGCUUCACAAGUUGCUUGACGUGAAUGGCCGAGCAGAGGGAGCGUCAUAUGACUAUGAUCUGAUAGUCAUUGGAGGGGGUUCUGGUGGACUUGCAGCAUCCAAGGAAGCUGCCAAACUUGGCAAGAAGGUCAUGGUUCUAGAUUUUGUGGUCCCAACUCCCAUGGGAACAACAUGGGGACUUGGAGGAACUUGUGUGAAUGUAGGCUGCAUACCUAAAAAGCUCAUGCACCAGACAGCUUUGCUUGGGCAAGCCAUACGAGAUGCUCCUAAAUUUGGGUGGAAGUUGGACGACAAGGCCAUAAAGCACAGUUGGGAUACCAUGACGGAAGCGAUUCAGAAUUACAUCGGCUCUUUGAAUUGGGGAUAUAGGGUAGCUCUCCGGGAGAAUAACGUCACAUAUGAAAAUGCUUAUGGAGAAUUUGUUGGUCCACACAGAAUAAAGGCAACAAAUAAUAAAGGAAUAGAGGCAUUUUACACAGCAGAAAAGUUUCUGAUUGCUACUGGAGAAAGGCCUCGCUACCUGGACAUCCCUGGGGACAAAGAAUAUUGCAUCACUAGCGAUGAUCUUUUCUCCCUUCCCUAUUGCCCAGGGAAGACAUUGGUGGUUGGAGCUUCCUAUGUGGCCCUUGAGUGUGCUGGCUUCCUUGCAGGCCUUGGCUUAGAUGUGACGGUCAUGGUGCGCUCCAUUUUCUUGAGAGGUUUUGAUCAGGAUAUGGCAAACAAAGUAGGAGCCUACAUGGAAGAACAUGGUAUCAAGUUCAUUAAAAAAUAUGUGCCAAAGAAGAUUGAACAGAUCAAGAAAGGAACUCCUGGACUACUAAAAGUCACAGCUCAUGCUACAGAGGGUUCUGAGAUAUUUCAAGGGGAAUAUAACACGGUAUUGCUGGCCAUAGGAAGGGAUGCCUGCACAAGAAAAAUUGGCUUGGAGAAAGUUGGAGUGAAGAUCAAUGAAAAAACUGGAAAAAUCCCUGUCAAUGAUGUGGAGCAAACUAACGUGCCAUAUAUCUAUGCCAUUGGUGAUGUGUUGGAAGGCAAACUAGAGCUCACCCCAGUGGCAAUUCAGGCGGGUAGGCUGCUAGCACUGAGGCUUUAUGGUGGAUCAAAGAAGAAGUGUGAUUAUGUGAAUGUUCCCACCACAGUAUUCACACCUAUGGAAUAUGGUGCAUGUGGUUAUUCUGAAGAAAAAGCAAUAGAGAAAUAUGGAGUAAAAAAUAUUGAGAUUUARCAUAGUUACUUCUGGCCARUGGAAUGGACUGUCCCAUCCCGGGACAACAACAAAUGCUAUGCGAAGAUCAUCUGCCUUAUUCCAGAGAAGAUGCGUGUUAUUGGCUUCCAUGUGCUUGGUCCAAACGCUGGAGAAGUCACCCAGGGAUUUGCAGCCGCCAUAAAAUGUGGCAUGACAAAGGAUCUUCUGGACAGUACAAUAGGAAUCCAUCCAGUGUGUGCUGAGAUUUUCACUACGCUGUCUGUGACAAAGCGUUCAGGGGAAAAAAUCCUCCAGAGCGGAUGCUGAGGUUAAGCCCACCCGCUGUUGUCUGCCUUUGCCAGAGACUCGCUUUCAUCGCCUUUGUUGGCUGACUCUCAAAAGUCAGAGGGAAGAGCAGCUUAGGAAGUAAGAAAUUGCAACAUCACCUAUCGACUUCCACUCUCUUCAGUAGAAACCAGCUCCACCAGUAGAGCAAACAAAGAACUGGAAAAGUGAACCGGCGAUGAUUGAAUGGCAAUUGGCACAACAGUGGGACAAAACCCUUAUCAAGAUGAUGUUGGCAAGGCAUUGUUCAAGAUGCUUCCAUGAAGUCACAGUCUAAAACCAGUGCUUUCUGGUAGGCCGUGAUGGAAAGAUUGCUGGCACAACUUGAGACUUAACCCUUUUCUCCUCUCAAGAUGAAGAUAUUUCUCACAUCUCAUUAUGGGGUCCUGGCAAGGCAUCCACAUCAUCUGGAGCCUGCACUCAACUAAGCCUACAGACAACUGCUUGUGUACUUGUCAAAUAGUUCUAGAGAAGUGACACUCUUUCAUAUAUUGACCUUAUUUUACCCAGAACAGUAGAAUAGUGUGACUUCUCAAACUUCAAAAUCAAAGAACAAACACUUUUAGAAACUGUGUAAUGUCAGCUACGUUGUUGAGUCAGUGCCCAAGUGAAAUGUCUUCCCCCUUUGAUUAUAUAGAGCCUUCUUUGAAUUAUUUAUAUAACAGAUUCUAAAGUAUACAUGAUUGCAUGUAUAUGUUGAAAUAUUAGAUAAAUAUUUUCUUGAAAA